AUGUCGCCACCUGGAAGCGCAUUAAGUCUCCCAGUGGGGCCAGCUUCACACGGGUUAGCCCAUGAUGCCUCUACUUCCCAGAGCGAGAGAUUGCGGAAGAGAUUGCGGAACCGCUUUGAUCAGCGAGCACGACGAGCCCGCCUAAAAGAAGUAGACUUGGCAAGCCAGACUCCUUCUAAAAGAAAGUUACCUUUAUUUGAGAUUGAUCGAUGGAGGCUGGACGAGGUAGGCUCUCGUCAAGCCACAGCUCGGCGACGUGGCAACCACGCUGAGACGAGUGUAACUACGGGCUACACGAAAGUCAUCAUUUGUCAAAUAGCAGACAAGUCACCUCUGGUAAAUGUGGAGUUUUACGGCCAGCGAUUGGAAUCUAUAUCCUCACUUUUGGCAACCAAACCUCCAUCAUGGCAGAUAAUAUCUCCUCUCUCGGACCAUUUGCUUCAUCUUGUCAACUAUAACGCCUUCCGAGGGUUUCUCAGGAACAAAAUUCUUCUCUCGCAGGUCACAGAACACUAUUUCAAGCAAUCAUCGGGUGAUGUCGUGAAAGCAAACAUCAUGGAACCAUUUUCAGCGAAGACCGUCAUUAUCCCGACUGUUUCCGAUAUGCCCAUUUGCCUGUGUCCUACCGAAUUGCAGAGAAGGCUUCCCCAUAGGACCUAUAUUGACUUCCUUCCUUUUCCAAGGAUAAGGGAUAACCUCAUUCUGAAUGAGCAUCGUUUCAAUCACUGGGAACUCAUCCUUGAUUUAAUUGGCUAUCCAGUGAGCCGGAUAAAAUGCCUGAUCUUAUGGGGUGAUCCAGAUAGACCGCAGGAUUGGGAAGCUACUCCAGGUUUCAUGGAAAAAUGGGGUUGGGUGACUGAAGGAUACCCUGAAAUAUUACAAUACAGCAAUCAAUGGAGGAUAUCAAGGGGCGAAGAACCAAUGGUAUACACUGAAGCUAAAUAUAAUGUAUAA